AUGUCAACAUCAUCGGCAACUAAAUAUGAAAUAAUUGAAUCUAAUCUUAAUCGUUACUUCUGUAUUAUUUUACUUAUACUUGGUACAUUUGGUAAUACAUGUAAUAUUUGUAUUUUCAUACGUCCAAAACUUCGACCAAUUCCUUGUUCAUGGUAUUUUCUUGCAUCUACAUGUGCAAAUUUCAUUGCUCUUUAUAUGGGAUGUCUUACCCGUGUUUUAACUACAUUUAAUAUUGGUCCUCAAACCACAAUUGCAUUGGCUAUCUAUUGUAAAACACGUUCAUAUUUAAUCUACGGAAGUUUAUCUUUAUCAAUCUGGCUUAUAAUCGGUGCUUGUAUUGAUCGAUGGGCAUCAAGUUGUAGAAAUACACGAAUACGAUCGUUUAGUAAUGUUAAAAUAGCUAAACGUGUUAUUAUUGGUUUAACUUUUAUUAUAUAUCUUAUUUAUGGUCAGAUGUUUUAUUGUUUUAAUGGUACAUAUGAUUCAACGUCAGCAAAUUGUUUUACUAUAUCUGCUAUAUGUCAAUGGUAUAAUAGUUUUGCUCUUUUUUUCACUUAUUCUUUUUUUCCUUGCUUGCUCAUGUUAAUAUUUGGAUCAUUAACUAUUUGUAAUGUACGACGUAGUCAACAACGUCUAACUCCAACACAGAAUAUACUUUUAAAAAUGCAAAACAAUAAGAAAAAAACACCAAAACAAAUGGCUAUUAUGCUAUUCGUACAAGUUAUUUGUUCUAUUAUUCUUUCAUUACCAAUUUCUAUACAAAAUAUUUAUAGUCAAAUAACGAUAAAUAAUGAAAAAUCAUAUGAUCAACAACGUAUAGAAGAAAUUCUUGAUACUUUAUUUGUACUUGUAUCUUUAAUGAAUAGUUCAAUAUCAUUUUAUAUUUUUACACUUACAGGACAAAUAUUUCGAGAAGAAUUAAAGAAAUUUUUAUUUUGUAAAUUUAGAAUUCCUUUUCGAUCUUCAUGA